GAGGCACUGGGAGAGAGAGAGAGAGAGAGAGAGAGAGAGCGCUCCAUGAUCAGUUAUAGUAUGAUAUACGGUGGUGUUUUUGCCGUUUUCUUGACAUAAACAUGGGGGCAAAAGAAUCCAGGAUUGGUUUCCUUUCCUACGACGAGGCGGUAAAAAGAGUCACAGAUGUCGAGCUGAAAAGACUGAGGGAUGCCUUCAGGAGAACCUGUGGCCUGUCAUGCUAUAUGAGUCAGCAAUGCUUCUUCAAGGAAGUGCUUGGGGACAUGGUUCCUCUCAAUAUCUCCGAGGUGAUCUACAGCUCAUUUGGUGGCACAUCGAAAGGUCUGCAUUUCAACAACCUUAUAGUCGGCUUGGUGCUGCUCACACGAGGACGCGAUGAAGAAAAGGCGAGAUACAUUUUCAGUUUGUUCGCCAGCGAAUCGGGCAGCUACGCUACACUGGAGGACAUCGAAGCCAUGCUACAAGCUGUGGAUGGAGAAGUUCAUCCGUCUCUGAGGAAGUGUUUUUCAGAGGCCGAAAAGGUCAAUUAUGAGAAGUUUAAGACCUGGCUGCUUCAAAACAAGGACGCUUUUACCUUCUCUCGGUGGCUCCUGUCCAGUGGGGUGUGUGUGACUCUGACUGAUGACAGUGACACCCCCACCUUCUACCAGACACUAGCCGGGGUCACACACUUGGAAGAAUCCGAUAUCAUCGACCUGGAGAAGCGAUACUGGUUGCUGAAAGCUCAGUCAAGGACUGGACGCUUUGACUUGGAGACAUUUGUCCCAUUGGUGUCCCCUCCUAUUCAUCCAUUCAUUAGUGAAGGUUUGUUUCAUGCGUUUGAUGAGAACAGAGACAAUCACAUCGAUUUUAAAGAGAUUUCCUGCGGGUUGUCGGCCUGCUGCAGGGGACCUCUUGCCGAAAGACAGAAAUUUUGUUUUAAAGUAUUUGAUGCUGACCGUGACGGGGUUCUCUGUCGAGAAGAAAUUCACGAGAUGGUUGUUGCACUGCUGGAGGUCUGGAGAGACAAUCGUACUGACUCCAUCCCUGAAUUGCAGUCAAGCGUGCCUAAUAUUGUUGAAAACAUUCUCAAAAUACAUGACACUACCAAGAAGGGCCAUUUGACACUCGAAGACUAUCAGAUAUGGAGCGUUCAGAGUGCACUCGCUGCCGAGUUUCUCAACCUCCUUUUUCAGGUAUGUCAUAUUGUUCUUGGACUGCGGCCUGCCACUCCUGAGGAGGAAGGACAGAUCAUCAGGGGUUGGUUGGAGAGAGAAAGUCGGCAUGGCCUCCAGCCUGGAGAUUACUGGUUUCUUAUAGCUACACAGUGGUGGCAGCAGUGGAAGGACUACGUCAAAUACAACAACAAGUUGAUAGUGGUGGAACAGCCCACAGUAUUUCCUAGCAGCAGAACUCCUACCUCAUCUGCAGGGAUGGAACAAGGAGGUCAGGGUGAGGGCACAGCAAGCUCUCACUCUUCCCCAGAAGAGAAAUUCUCUGACAACGUCUCUAGUGCCUCUGAAGCUUCUGAAACAACAAGUGGCAGUCUCCUCCAUUCCAGCUCAACUGCCACCGAUAUCUGCUUCUCCCGACAGACCGAUUCGUCUGAGGUAGACAGCCAGAGUUUCCCUGGGGCUGAUGGGAAUGUGACAGCUCUCAGGCCAGGUGCUAUAGACAACCAGCCACUGGUGACCUCAGAGCCUCUUAAAGCUCCCACAUUAACAAUGGAAGGUGCAUUGUUGAGACGAUCUUCCAGACUCCACCUGGGCCAAGACUUUGAAGUUGUACCUGAGCCAGUAUGGAGAGCUCUUUACCACUGGUAUGGAGCAAACCUCAGCCUGCCCCGGCCGGUGAUCAGGUCGAGGGAUAUGGAGAAAGCUGAGUUAGAACUCUUUCCCAGACACCUUCUGUUUCUGAGGCAGCAGCCUCCAGCACGCACACCACAGUAUAAUGGCUGGAUGAAUAUAGGUAACAUGCCAUCUCCUACGACCCCUCUGAAGCGGGUGCUGGCCUACACUGGCUGCUUCAGCCGAGUGGGAACGAUAAAGGACAUUCACGAGUAUCUGUCUCAGAGGCUCCGGAUUAAAGAAGAGGACAUGAGACUGUGGCUUUACAUGAACGAGAAUUACUUGACUCUUCUUGACGACGAGGAUCAUUCACUGGAAGCGCUGAAGAUCCCCGAUGAACAGUACAUGGUUAUUGAAGUGCGUAACAAAGACAUGAGCUGGCCUGAGGAGAUGUCAUUUUUAGCCAACAGCAACCGAAUGAACAGACACAAAGUGCCCACUGAGAAAGGAGCCACGGGACUCAGUAACCUCGGCAACACGUGCUUUAUGAACUCCAGCAUUCAGUGCGUGAGCAACACUAAACCGCUCACGGAAUACUUUACAGCCGGGUGUCACCUUUAUGAACUAAACAGAACUAAUCCUAUUGGGAUGCGAGGACACAUGGCAAAAUGCUACGGUGAUCUCAUCCAGGAACUGUGGAGUGGUGCACAGAAAAGUAUUGCUCCAUUGAAACUCAGGUGGACUAUAGCAAAGUAUGCUCCACGCUUUGAUGGCUUCCAACAGCAAGAUUCUCAAGAAUUGCUGGCAUUUCUGCUAGAUGGCCUUCAUGAAGAUCUCAACCGUGUCCAUGAUAAACCCUAUGUCGAGCUGAAGGACAGUGAUGGAAGACCUGACUGGGAAGUUGCCUCUGAGGCAUGGGAGAACCAUUUGAGAAGAAACCGGUCUAUUGUGGUGGACCUGUUCCACGGUCAGCUUAGGUCUCAGGUCAAGUGCAAAACCUGUGGCCAUGUUAGUGCUCGCUUCGACCCUUUUAAUUUCCUUUCCCUUCCUCUGCCCAUGGACAACUUCAUGCACCUCGAGAUCAUAGUUAUAAGACUCGAUGGCUCAACGCCAGUGAGGUACGGGCUUAGACUCAAUGUGGAUGAGAAAUACUCUGGCUUGAAGAGCCUGCUAAGUGAAUUAUGCCAUCUGAGACCAGAACAGAUCCUCCUGGUGGAGAUCCAUUUGUCUUGUAUUAAGAACUUUCCAUUAGAUAAUCAGAAAGUGCGCCGUGCUGUCAGUGGCUUCCUGUGUGCUUUUGAAAUCCCGCUGCCCUCUACACCUUCACCAGACUCCUCACCAAAAGAAGCAGAGGACCCUCCGACAAUUUCAAACGCUCCCAGCACGGCUGUCUCCAGGGGUACAUCCCUGAGGCUUGACAUAAUUCCUAAGGGCAUGCCAAAUACCGUGGUGCCCUGUAGCACAGAAGGCAGCCCUGCCAACGGCCUCCCUAAUGGCCACCUCAUGUUAAACCCUGCCAGCCCUUUUACUGGGUACAUCAUCGCCAUCCAUCGGAAAAUGAUGCGUGCCGAAUUAUACUUCUUGUCCUCUCAGAAAAACAGACCCAGCCUGUUUGGCAUGCCACUAAUAGUUCCCUGCACAGCAGACACAUGUGGUCGUGACUUGUACAACACAGUGUGGACACAAGUUUCCAGAUUGGCCAGUCCUCUGCCCCCUCAAGAAUCGAGCAACCAUGCGCAGGACUGUGAUGACAGUCUGGGCUACCACUACCCUUUCACCCUGCGUGUUGUACAAGGAGAUGGGAACUCUUGUGCCUGGUGUCCGUGGUACAAGUUCUGCAGAGGAUGUAUUAUAGAGUGUAAUGAUGAAAGAGCUAUAGUAGGCAAUGCUUGCAUCGCUGUUGAUUGGGACCCUACUGCAUUGCACCUCCGCUACCAGACAUCCCAAGAGAGGCUGGUGGAAGAGCAUGUGAGUGUGGAGCAAAGUCGUCGUGCCCAGGCUGAGCCAAUCAGUCUAGACAGUUGCCUGAGAGCCUUCACCACCGAGGAGGAGCUAGGGGAAAAUGAGCUCUACUACUGCUCCAAAUGCAAGACCCACCGAUUGGCCACCAAGAAACUGGACAUCUGGAGACUUCCACCAAUACUGAUUGUUCAUUUGAAGCGGUUCCAGUUUGUCAACAAUCGCUGGAUUAAAUCUCAGAAGAUUGUGCGGUUUCCCAGGGAUAACUUUGACCCAAGUGCAUUUUUGACCCCUCGGGAAGUAGACUACACUCCGCAGGGGUGGAGAGGUGGCUUGGGGGAAGAGCUUUCCGAACAGGAGCACGGGUUAAAUUUUGGAGAUCCUCCCUCAGCUCCCACAUCACUCAACAUUAAUGCUAUUAAAGAUUCCCUGAGCUCUGGUAGGUUGCUGUCUUCCUCUCUUAGUCGAGGCAGCAGUCCCAUCAGCAGCCCUAAAGGCGACAUGGGCAAGCAGGGGCAAAAGAGGGCACCCCGGCAAGACUCCUAUCUGCAGCCGUCUCUCAGUAGAGAGAGCCUGGACAGCGGCAGAGAAAGUCCAUUGGAGCUGGAGCAUGGCAAGGCCGAAAACCAGAAUGAAGCUGAAGCUACAGGCCUGGACUCCGCCCUGGGGGACGAGCCAGUCAGGGACUGUGACAACGCUACGACGGUUUCAGAACUUGAGAGCAACGGCUGCACGGAGGACAGCAUAGACCUGGAGGCCUCGCAUGACCAAAGAGACAGAAUGUAUCUGGAGCCCAUUUAUGACCUGUAUGCAACAUCGUGUCACUCAGGGAUCCUCGGAGGAGGCCAUUAUGUCACGUAUGCCAAAAACCCCAAUGACAAAUGGUACUGUUACAACGACAGCAGCUGCAAGGAGGUCACUCCGGAAGAGAUCGACACCGAUUCCGCAUACAUCCUCUUCUACGAGCAGCAGGGAGUGGAUUACUCUCUGUUCAUGCCAAAGACUGACGGGAAAAAGAUGGCCGACACCAGCAGCAUGGACGAGGAUUUUGAAACAGACUACAAGAAAUACUGUGUUCUUCAGUGACGCCCGUGCGCUCAUCAGUGUCCGAGAAACACAUUCAAAAUGAUCCAUUGUCUCAGAUUGAGAGGUUUUUUUUUUUUAUUUUAGCGCCAAACUGUGGUACUGUCAAGUUCUUUUUGGCUCGCACUGUCUGACAAUUCGAGAAAAUGUCUGUGCUCUUAGCAGUUUGUCUCACUCUGUGUUUUUCAUUUCUUUGUGUUAACUUGUGUUUGUUUUUUUUAUGUGCAGAAUUCAUUAGUAAGUGCCGGUCACGUACUGUACGAAACAUAUAUGACAAAAGAUACUCAUCCACAUUGAUGUGCAGUUGGUAUUUGUCUAUUUAUUGUUAUGCUUUUAAUUGCAUCAUGUCAAAAAUAUUUUGCAAAGUACGAUUUUUUUUAUUUUUUCAAAGAAAAUCUUAAUUGCUGUCCUGUUCAUUUGGGAUUUUUUAAUGUAAUUAUGAUGUUUGAUUACUUUCAAUUUCUUUUAAAGAAAGACCUGAAGGUUCUUUCCCUUUGUUUUAAGUUGCUAAUAAUUUAAUGCACUUUUAUAUGCUAUAAGUUGCAAUCUUUAUGUUCCACUGUGUUGCACAUGUCGAAUGUCAUUCCACACUUGUUUACACCGUGUCAUCGUAGCGUAUGACAUAAACCUUAAAAAAAAAUUAUUUUUGUGACACGACCCGUUUUCUCUGUGCCAACCCGAUUCGUUGAUCAUUUCUGUAGUACACUUUUGUGCCAUUGUGUUGUCAAUGUUGUCUUUGCACAGGAUGACCGAAUUGUAAAUUGUAUUAGCAUGCCACAGAGGAAGUGUCUGAGCACUUUAUUUAUUUGUAGCUUUAAAAAAAAAAAGGGAAGAAAUUCGACUCUUCCACUUGUCAACUGUUUAUUGCUAAAUAUAAAGCAUUUCACAAAGUGGAUCCCUGCUCUACUAUUCCCUCUGUUCAGAGACAUUUGAGAUGUGCGAGUUCAACAAGUACAGAUAGUAUUGUUUUUGGUUUUGUUACAUCGUGCCACUAUUUGACAUAUUUAACUAAAUAAGUUGGAUUAGUCAAGCUUGUCGCAAUAGUAUUAAAUAUAACCCAGAUGUGAAAAUCCCCA